AUGUAAUAAAAAAGGUAUGAUUCUGUACAUAAGAAUAAAUUGGAACUCAAUUAAUAAUAGCCACUUCAAUUAAAGUACUCCUCAUAGCCUAAAUAAAUACCUAGCGAAUUUCAAAUUGCAUAGAUUGGGAAAGAUAUUGCAGCCACAAUCAUCCCUGCAUUUAUAGAUAUGAUCAACUAAGAAACUGAUGUGUAUUAUCUAUUUGACUCAUUUCACUCGAUUUUAAAUUCAGUUAAAAAAGUGGAAGAGGAUAUGAAUAUCACUUAAAAGAAUAAACAACAUAUUCAAGAUUGGUGGAAAGUUACAGGAUCUAGCCAAAGUUAGACAGGUGUAAGAAAUAUUCAACCACUUUCAGAAUCUCAUAUCAAGCACUAAUCUCAUNUUUCUAAUAAAGAUCCAACAACCAUUUACAAUAUUCUUUGUUCUGAUUCAUCAAGAUCCUUAUUUUUCUCUAUGAAACUUAGCAAAAUUUUAAAUAUGUCUAUGUAAGGAUAUCCAAAUUCUUCAAUUUAAGUUAAAUGA